AUGAAAAAACACUCUGUUGCUGCUGUCAUUCUUAAAAUUAGUUCUCUCGCGAUUCUCGUUGGCUUCUCACUCAAAGUAAUGGGUAUAUGGGCUCAACCCUUUAACAACCUGGACAAAGUGCUGCGCAAUGAUUCUAUCCGUUUGCUCCGAGGGAUGUAUGGCAUCAUACCACAUAUAAGAGUCUCGGCUGGGCUGUUCUACGCAAUUCUGUCCUUGGGCAUCGCAUUGCUUCACCCAGGACUGCACGUUGGGCGGUUCGGUUCCAUUGAAGUAUUGGGCUGGGUGACCAUAGAUAUUCGUAAGCUAGUUGGGUGA